UAAUAUUUUGUUUGUAUUAUGGUAAUGAUGUCAUUUGGACAACAAGGUUGAUUAAACCUCUGAACCUAUGAGAUAUAUUCGAUGAUAUUAAUACACCUUGGUAACAAGUAACAACAUUCGCGUUGCAUAAAUAUUGUGUUAAUGUUCGUUAUUUUGUAUUGCAUAUUUUAUUAUAUUAGUAUUACCCAUUAAUUUAUUAAUGGUUAAAUAAUGAAUACUAAAUUUUGUUGUCAGCUUUCUGUGCGUAUGAUUAAUAUGUUUAAAUCUUAAUUAAAUUUAAUUAAAACUUUCUAAAAAAAUGUCUAAUAAAGAUGACAUAGAUUACGAUUUAGGUAGUUAUAGAUGUGAAGGUUCCAUAGAACACUUUAAGUUUAGGUAAUAUAAAUACAAAUUACUACCUAUGUAAAUACACUAAACUGUGCUUAAAAAAUUUAUUGGACAAUUUGUAAUUAUUACAUUUUUGUAUUUAAUUUUAUAAUUAAAUGUUCUAGAGUAUGUUUAGAAAUAUCUCGGACUUCAUUUCAUCAUAAAAAUACUAAAAUUGAAAAGAAAAAUACUAAAAGGGUUGAAAAAAUAUUUUAUUGGAUGGAAAAAACCACUAAUGAACCACAAGAUCAAAAUGACUUAGAAGAAACUUCUUCUUCAAUUGAAGGAAAACUUUUAGAUAGUCAUUUAAAAACUGAAUUUAAUCAUCAACAUGUAAGAUAAUAAUUUGUAUAACUUAAUUAAUUAUCUCGGUAAAAUAAAUAAUACAAAUUACCAUAUUUUAGACUGGUCGAACAAUUUUGCAUGAUAUUAUGGUUCACAAUAAUAUACUCACAGAAUCAUUUAAGAAAUUGAGCCUGUUAAAAAAUAAUAGGAAAAAUAUAAAUUUUUUUACUAAAAACAUUCUGGAUGAUUCACCAUCUGACAUUUUGAAAUUACAAAACAGAUUGCCAAAUUUGAAUCAAAUAAUGCAUGUACUUUUGGACCUUGGAAAUAACGGGUAUAAGGAUUAAUUAUAACAACAUAUUUUGAUAAAAUUGUAUAGUAUAAAGACUGUAAAAUAGAUUUAUUUAUGGUUUUUAUGAACUGUUAUUGAUUAACCUUUUUAUAAAGUAUGUGGUUUAGAUCUAUUUUUUUUUAAUUUUGGUAGUCUACGUACUGCUUAAACUUGUAGUUAUUGGAAAUUUAGGUUUACCAAUGUGAAUUUACAAAAGAUAUCAGUUAAAUUAAAUUAGCUUUUCUAGUGGUAUGAAAAUAAACCUAAUAAAGUAAUAAAUAUAAAAUGUCAGCAUAAACAUUAAACAGAAUUCAAUGAACAAAACCUUAUAAUUACCAACAAGAUUAACUUGCAAUAUAAAUAAGGUGAUCAAACAUUACUUUUAACACAAAUUAUUUGUUAUUAAUAAUAUUUGGACAUUUUAUUCAGUAGGUAAAUUCAAUUUUAGGAAAAUCAAGGUUUUGAAUUAGAACUUCUAAGGAUUAGAUUUAAAAUAAGAUUCACAACAGAUUUAAAAAAAAAAUAAAAACAGAUACUAAACUGCAUAUACUCAGUAAAUAUUUAUAAGGUUUUUAAAUUAAAUUAUGAAUUUCAAUUUUAAAAGUAAAUGUAAAUUCACAGGAAGUGCAACCUUAAAAAUUUUAAUUUAUACCCACUCAUAGAUAACAUAUAGAAAACAAAUAUUAAUGCCUUUUUUUAAUGAGCAAGAUUGUAUGUACUCACUGACAUUUUAAUAAAAAAAAAAAUUUGAUUUCAAUUUUCUAAAUUCAUUAUAUUAUACUAAAUAGAUUGAACCUAACCGAAAAUAAAUAAUACAAAUAUGUUUAAAUAAUAAGUUUGUUAUUAUUACUAUGUUUAAAUUAAUAUUAAAGUUCAAGUUGACAUUGAGUAUUGUUAAAAUAUUUAAUCUCUUCAAUGAUAUCUUUUAGAUCUAAUUAAGGUGCAAAUUCUUACUCAAUAAUUAAUAUCAUUGACUCUAAUUGAUCUUGCAUUAUACAUCUUCUGUAUUUAGUUUUCAACAAACUUAAUUUAGGAAAUGAUCUCUCACAAGAGCAACUUGUGACCAGCAUAGUUAUAAAUAGAGUUAAUAUUUUGUAAAUAUUUAGAAAAUCAUUUAAUAUGUUACUAAUAAACACUGAAGGACAGUUUUAUUUGUUAUACCAAAUUCAAAUUCUAGAAAUGAUCCUGAAUUUUAAGUCUAGUCCACUAUCAUUUAAGUUAAAGAUUUAGGAAAGUAAAGUUAAAUUUUGUUUAAUCAUGUUUAAUGGUUGGUACAAAAGUUAGUAUAAGUCUGUAGCGGUCACCUGAUCUAUCAGGGAGUGUUGUAGUGCAUACCCUACUCCUCAUGAACAUGCCUAUGAUCGUAGUGCCAGGAUAGUCUAUUCAAAUUUCUUGUUAUAAAUUAAAAUUAUAGGUAAUUAUUAUUAUUUUGCAAUUUAAAUUAAGGUACAAUAUUAUUUUUUAAAUGAUUUUUAAUGCUGAAAUUAUUUCAAAUAAAUUUAACUAUUGAUCUACUAUAUUUUAGUACAGAAAAUGAAGAAAACAAUUUAGUAUUGGCUUCAUUGUAUUGGAAUCAAAACAGUCGCGUACUAACAAUAUUUCCUGAUUUUACCAUGAACAAUUCUGCAGGAUACAUUCUUUCAAUUAGCACUGUUAAGGAUUCAUGUUUUGAAUACCGAUUUUGGAUCGAAAAUCUUUCAAAUAAAACCUUAGAACUUAUACCUAAUACUUUGAAUGUAAAAAAAAAUUUAUACUUGAUAACCAUUCUUAACUAUUACUAUGUAUUAGCUAGGGUGGUCCUUAUUUUUAAACUUCAAUAAUUGUGUACUGUAGGAUUAAAAUUCUGAUAGGUACAUUGAAAAAAUAAUUUUUGUAAAUUUUGGGUAUGAUUAGUCAACUCCUUCAUGCACCUCAAAAGGUGAUGUUUUUUAAUUUUUUUUUUAUUUCAACAUACAAAAAAUGUAUUAGAUACUUUAUUAUAGUAAAAAUGAUUUCUUAUGAAAUAGCUCUCUUUAUCAUUUCAGAGGAAACUUACCGUUAUAUGUGAAAAAUCUAUUUGAAAGUUUGUAGAUUUGUAAUAGAAAAUUCAAGAUUAUGUAAAAUUUCAAAUCUACAAACUUUUAAAUCGAUAUUUCACAUAUAAUGGUAAAUUUCACUAAAUAUUAAAGAGAGCUUUUAUGUAGUAAAUCUUUUUUACUAUAAUAAAAUUUUUGAUACAUUUUUUGUAUGUCCAAAAUGCAAAAAAAAAUAACGAAAACUACCCCUUUUUUAUUAACUUCAACCUCUUUGAGGCACGUGAAGGGGUAGUCUUGUCAUACUAAAAAUUAUUUUUACAAUGUACCUAACAGAAUUCUGAGUCUUUGAAUUCAAAUAUUUGACAUUUAUUUUCAACACCUACGGAUCACCCUUUUAUAUAUACUUAGUUUAAAAAUCAUGCAUAUAAUUGUGUGUUUUAUUUUUUUAGUUAAAUCUACUUAAAUUGGAACAUUGUGAAUUUUAUGUACCAGAAUCUGACACUAUUGAAAUAUUUGCUGAAAUAAAAUCAGCCAGUGGAUUUGAAUAUGACAAUUUAUUUAUUCGCUAUUGUGUUGAUCUUCCAUCAGGUAAGAUUAAAUUGAGGAUAUACUAUUAAUAUAUAAAGAUAAUUUACUGACUAAUACUGACUUAAUAAUAGUUAUCCAUCAAUUUUUAUUUAUUAAUAUUGAAAAAUUUGCCCAUAUAAGUAAAAUCUGCAGCCAUAUUUUUGUGUAUUAAUACCACUUAAACAGAAUUUAUUUGAUUUAUAAACAUCUAAAAUGAUUUGUAAUUUUUGUCCAGAGUUUUAGGGGUCAAUUCUGAAAUUCAAAGAAGAACUUUUUUUAUGCAAACAUAAUGUGAAAAAAUUUUUUAAAAUACAUUUUAGUGAUUAAAUAACAUAAAUUUAUUUAAAAUUCUAUAAUUAAUAACAAUUUAAAGUUGUUACAAAAUAUUUUUAAAUUUCUGUGGUAUUAUUACCUGAUUUUUUUAUGGAGUUUAUAACAUAUAAACCCUACACAUCCCAGAUAAAGUUAAUAUAAUUUACUAAUGUAAUUUUAUUAAAUAUGUGUAAUCAUUUUUUCAGGAUGGGAAUGUCCGAAUACUGAUUCUCUCCGUGGCACAACUCAAACAUGUCGACGAAAUAACAAUAUGAUAUCCAUAUUUUCAUAUUUAUUUAAUGUCACUAUUAUAUUACCAAAAUCAGUUGAUCAUUCUAAAGGUUAAGUUUUUACAUGUUACAUUAUUAUGCAAAAAUAAAAUUCACGUGGGGGGUAGAAGGUUUGGACUCCCCUAAUCAUUAAGGAAAGUGUGUGAUUAAAAAUUUGUUAACUCUAAAUACCAAAUCUACGAUUUUAAAAUAAUUUUUUUGUACUAUUAUCAGAAAUACAUUUGACAAUAAUAAAAUAGCAAAAUAGGAAUAAUUUAAUAAAAUAUCAAUAAAAACCUUGGAAAUUAUUAGUUUUGCUUUAUUUAAAAUUAAAUUACUGUUGAAUUGUCAACUUGGCAAUGUAAAUUUCGAUGUUUAAGGGAAGGAUAUUACACCUUCAUAUAGUGAUAGGGACCCUGGGUGUACAUUAUAAAAUCAUAUAUAACAUAACGACACUUAAAUCUUAAGGUGCAUACAAUUUCUUUUACACCUUUGCAUCCCCCUUCUAUAUUCUUAUAUGUAAUAAGCAGUGCUUAUCAAGAAUUGUCAUCUACGGCAUCAAGAUAAGAACUGUCUAUUGUCCUGUUACCUAGUCCACCUUUGAUUUUUUUUUAGUAAUAAUUAAUUUUGUAUUUCAGAUCAGAACAUUAACUCUGCAUUUAUAACUUUUGUUGUGUAUUCAAUUGAUUCGUGGGACAAGGAACGAGUUGAAGGAUAUGCAUCAUAUCAAAUUCCACAGUUCGCUAAUCUUAUAUCACAUAAAAAAGAUAUUGUAUUAGAAGCUUUGUUGCCAAAAUCUAGAAACUGUAUUGAUGGUUUACGUAGAUAUUUUAUUGGUGGAUCAGUGAAGUUAGCUGAACCUAAUUAUAUUAGUGUACCAACCAAUUUUAAUGUAUUAAAAAAUUAAUUUUUCUUUUUCUUUCAAAUUAAAUAAUUAAUAAAUUGUUUAACAUUUAAGGAAAAACUAUUAAGCAAAUUUGGAUUGGAAGUCGAACAAAAAGGAACAUUAAAUAUUACCCUUAAUUUGUUAAAGCAACAUUGCAAAAACAUUGGAAAUAUGAAUUGUAUAAACACUAGUGACAUUGUUUCUGCUCAGGCAUUAGUCAAAAGUGUUAACAAUGUAAUGUCUAGUUUUAAACGAGCACGGCAGAGAAUGCUUUUGGCCUGCCAGCCAAUAUUAUGUCCAUCACUUAAUUAAAUUGUAUUUAUAUAAUAACUAUAAGUAGUUUAUAUUUAGGUAUAUAGCUUUAUUUUUAGGCGUUUUUGCAAAUGCCUAUCGUGAAAAAACCAAAUUGACUAAUUAAAUUAUGAUUUUUUUAGUCAUUACUCAUAAUUAUGUUUAUUUAGUUAAAUUUUAUGUUUUAUUUUAGUUUCAGUUAAACAAAUUAUAGAAAUAUUAAAUUUGUUUGUUUAGGAAUAAAUUUACAAAAAAAUUUUAGAAAUUAAUGAUACAUUAAGGCACCAUAAACAAUACCCAAU